AUGCCUGAACCUGACGAGCAAGAGAAGGCCGCAUUACGUAAUGAGAUCGUUAAUCGAUGGGGCCAACCAAGGAUCCUCUACUUUACCAUCUUCCUCAACUCUAUCGCUGCAGCAAUCCAAGGCUGGGACCAGACUCGUUCCAAUGGCGCCAACUUAUCUUUUCCAAACGCUGUUGGUAUCGAUGAAGGCCCCGACGGGCCGUGUGUUGCUGCCGCGCUGGCUGAAUGUCUGACCCGCUCAAUCAUUGGUUCGGCCGACACACCACAAUCUUUCAUUGCCGCCAUCUUUUCCCUACUUGCGCCGAUUGGUAUGGUCGUCACUCAGAACUGGCAACAGCUUCUUGUUGUGCGUAUCCUGCUUGGUCUCGGCAUGGGUCUGAAGGAAGUGACAGUCCCGGUCUUCUCAGCCGAGGUAGCUCCAACAAUGAUUCGUGGCGGUCUAGUCAUGUCCUGGCAGGUUUGGACAGCUUUUGGCAUCCUCCUCGGAACCUCCGCCAACUUAGCAGUGAAAGAUACUGGGGCUAUAUCGUGGAGGUUGCAGUUGGGCUCUGCUUUUAUUCCAGCAGUCCCGCUUGUCUUGGGCAUCUGGCAUCGUCAUGAGCGGACAACAGAUGUGUGGAAGUAA